AUGCUUAUUAACCAUUCGUCUGUUAAAUCACAUGAACAGAUAUCCUAUAUUAUUCCAAUAGAAGAAAAAUCAUAUAUUGUGCACCUUAAGCAAAGAUAUUUUGUGGCAGCUAAUUUUAUGGUUUAUUUGUAUAAGCAAGGAUCUCUGAAUUCUCAUUCUUCAAAUAUUCAGACUCAUUGCCACUAUCAAGGAAAUAUUGAAGGAUAUCCAAAUUCUGUUGUAACACUUAGCACAUGUUCUGGACUAAGAGGAAUACUGCAAUUUGAAAAUGUUUCUUAUGGAAUUGAGCCUCUGGAAUCUGCAGUUGAAUUUCAGCAUCUUCUUUAUAAAUUAGGGAAGGGAAACAAUGAAUUUUCAAUUUUUAAUGAUAACAGAAGCAUAGAAAAAUACCCAAUGGACUAUAACAUUUUUAUAAGUGAAAAAUUGGAAUCAGAUGUUCCAGAUUUAUUUCCUCUUUAUCUAGAAAUGCAUAUUGUGGUGGACAAUGCUUUGUAUGAUUACUGGGGCUCUGAUAGCAUGAUCGUAGCAAAUAAAGUCAUUGAAAUUUUGGGCCUUGUAAAUUCAAUGUUCACUCAAUUUAAAGUUACUGUUGUGCUGUCAUCAUUGGAAUUAUGGUCAGAAAAAAAUAAGAUUUCUACAGCUGGUGAGGCAGAUGAGUUAUUGCAUAGAUUUUUAGAAUGGAAGCAGUCUUAUCUCACCCUAAGGCCUCAUGACAUUGCAUAUUUAUUUAUUUAUAGGGAUUAUCCAAGUUAUGCAGGAGCAACAUUUCCUGGGAAAAUGUGUGUUGCCCAUUAUUCUGCAGGAAUUGCAUUGUAUUCCAAGGAGAUUACUCUGGAGGCAUUUUCAAUUAUUGUGACCCAGAUGCUGGCACGUAGUUUUGGAAUAUCAUAUGAUGACCCAAAAGAAUGUCAAUGUGCAGAAACCAUCUGUGUAAUGAAUCCAGAUGCUAUGCAAUCCAGUGGCAUGAAGACUUUCAGCACUUGCAGUUUGAAUGAUUUUAAACAUUUUGUUUCGAAUGUGGGUGCCAGAUGUCUUCAGAAUAAGCCACAACUGCAGGCUGGUGGCGGAGCUGUCUGUGGCAAUCGUAUAGUAGAGGGAAAUGAAGGCUGUGAUUGUGGAACUCCAGAAGAAUGUGGGCCAGCUUCCUGUUGUGAUCCUCAAAGUUGUACGCUGAAAGAUGGAGCACAGUGUUAUACAGGAUUGUGUUGCAGGGACUGUCAAAUUCAAGCUGCAGGUUUUCAGUGUAGGCCCAGCCAGCAUCCUGAAUGUGACAUUCCUGAAAUUUGUAAUGGAAGCACAGCACAAUGUCCUCCUGAUGUAACUAUAGAAAAUGGAAAUCGUUGCCAAAAUAAUAGGUUUAUAUGUUUUGAUGGACAGUGUCCUGAUCCUGAUACACGUUGUCAGGCCAUGUUUGGAAUAGCUUCCAGGAGUGCUCCGUUUUCCUGCUAUGAAGAAAUAAUAACUCAAACAGAUAGGUUUGGGAACUGUGGUGUUACUGGUGAGGACAGAUAUAUGUUCUGUGGAUGGAGGAAUAUUCUAUGUGGAAGAUUGGUAUGUACCUACCCUUAUCGAACUCCUUUCGUACAACCAGAUGGUGAUGUGAUUUAUGCUUUUGUACGAGAUGUUUUAUGUAUAACUAUAGACUUUGGAAAAACUGGAAAUGAUCCAAUGGUUAUGUUACCUGGCACCAAUUGUGAUUUUGGAAGGGUGUGCAAUUCCAAUGGGGCAUGCCAUUGUGAAACAGGCUAUAGUCCUCCACAUUGUGCAGAAGAAGCUGCAGAAUCUUCUAGGAAGAUUCCAGAGGAAGAAGGUUUAUUCAAUGAAAAGGCCUCUAGGAACACUAAAAAGAACUGGCUCCUAGGUUUCUACAUUUUUCUUCCUAUUCUCCUUGUAACAACCAUGGUAGCCUUGGCAUGGAAUCAUUGGAAAAAGUGGAUCACCAAGGAAGAGGAAUCCUUAAGCAGCAAGUAA